UUUAUCUUCUAGUCUCAAAUAACAUUUUGUUAGUCCAUACACCGUCAAUUUUAGAUUUAUUCAAAGAAUUUAAUAGACAAAGCACAUCAAAUGAGCUAUCAGCUCUUCCACGGCACAGUGAUUCACUCACGAGGGCCGACGGAGCUCGUCAUACUCGAGAGCGCCUUGCUUAUCGUCGACGCUAACGGUAAGAUCGCCAACCUAACUGAGAAUAUCUCUAGAGAUAAGGUGCCCGCGUUACUAUCGUCAUUGGAAAUCCCCUCCAUUUCCUCGGAGAGCGUGCGAUACCUACCCCGCAGCCAAUUCCUAAUCCCAGGUUUCGUCGACACGCACAACCAUGCGCCACAAUGGGCACAGCGCGGUCUCGGUCAGAGCAUGCACAUUCUGGAUUGGCUUGAGAAAGUCACAUUUCCGAAUGAGGCACGCUUCCGUGACCCGGAGUACGCACGCCGGGUCUAUUCUAGCUGCGUGGACGGCUUCCUGAAGCAGGGCAUCACGACGGCGUCGUAUUAUGGCUCGUUACACGCGGAGGCCACCAACAUCCUCGCGGAUAUCUGCCUGGAAAAGGGCCAGCGCGCGCUCGUCGGGAAGUGCAACAUGAACCGGAACGCCCCGGACUACUACCGCGACGUGAGCGUGGAGGCUUCCCUCAAGGACACCGAAGAGUGCAUCAAACACAUCCGAGACAUCGAUCCGGAGAGUAAGCUGCUGAAACACGUGCUGACGCCCCGCUUCGCCAUCUCUUGCGAUCCGGACUUGUUGGACGGCCUGGGCAAGAUCGCGGCCGCGAACCCGGGCUUGCCGAUCCAGACGCACUUUAACGAGGCGGAGCAAGAGAUGAAUUUUACGCGGGAGUUGUUCCCGCAGUUUAAGGGGAGCGAGGCGGACUUGUACGAGCACUACGGGUUGCUGAACGCGCGCUCGAUACUCGCUCACUGCUGCCAUAUGACCGAGUACGAGAUGAGCCGCCUCAAGGAGCUUGACUGCGGCGUCGCGCAUUGUCCUAUUUCUAAUAUGACGGUCGGUGGCGGUUUCAUGGCGGCGCCGGUAAGGGACUUCUUACGGCGCGGCAUCAAAGUCGGUCUCGGGACCGAUAGCGGCGGGGGAUUCUCAAGCAGCAUUCUAGAUGCUAUGAGACAAGCACUUGUGGCAUCGAACGCGCGGGAAGUGAUGAGUCAGGGAAAGGACAAGGGGUUAGACAUCGGAGAGCUUUUCUACUUGGCCACGCUUGGAGGGGCUAAAGUAUGCGGCUUGGAUACGAAGGUUGGCAAUUUCGAGCUCGGCAAGGAGUUUGAUGCCCUGGUUAUCGAUGCGAAUGCCUCUGGGGUCAUGACUAUGUUGGAAGAUGAAGAUUCCCUGAGAACUAUUUUUGAUAAGUUCAUCAUGACAGGUGACGACCGGAAUAUCAAGGAAGUUUACGUACGUGGGUGUCAAGUCUGGCAUUAGGAUUGUCGAUUCUUGUAAGUACAAUCUUCAACGAUUACAUAAAUGAUACAUCAAGCUCAAAUUCACCCUGUGCGUUCGCUUCACACGUUCAAGUGAUAGCUCCCCGCUCAGCCCCAACGCAGGCUGCGCGUUGGUCUGUUAGUGCACGUUCAAUGCAAAUGAACUCAUUUCCACCCCUUACUUGCUACUUUACCCCAUUUUAAUAGUUGUUAUAAUACUUUUUUUUUCAUUUAUUUUUCUUAUUUUUUUGUUAUACACUUCCGUGAUAUCAAAGUACACGACAAUCUUCGGCCCCGGAGUGGAGAAUGGCAUCGCUAUCCGACCACCAGUCGGUAGUUCUACCUGUUAAUAUCUAAGAAGAAUGCAUAACCGUGUUGGUUUCGACCCUGUGUUUGCCGCCAACAGGACCAAGGAUCACGUGUACUACAUGCCUGCAUCAGCACUACUAAUAAAUGACGAAACACCCAACACCUUCAGAUCGUAUUUUUUCUGAAAACUUGCGAGGCUUCUGUAUGAGCUGCAAUUUGUUUUAGAUAACGUAUAUGCGAAUUCAUUGUAUGCGAUACUGAAACCCGCCGGUGCGUUUCGCGAAGUCGAUUCAGGGAGGCAACCUUCAAUACCA